AUGGCGGACGGAUUUUUUUCGAGCUGCGAAAUAAGACGCGGCGAGUCGAGUUUCCCGUCUGGCGUGGUGGAGCUGUUGAGAAUUUCGUACAGAAUGUUGCCUGGGGCAAACGCGUGCGGGUUUUUCAUCGAAUGGUCCUUAAACAGGUUCAGCGGCGACGAAAUGGACUCGCUCAGGUCGGGACUGGGGAUGUUGAGCGGACUGAUGCCGGAGUUUGACGUUGUCCCGUACGAGGACAUGACGGUGGUCUUGGAUUCAUCGUCAAGACCCAUCUCGACAGAGGACUCCUCGCGUUUGAUCAGCGGGGAGCCGGGACUGUGGUCGCCGUGA